UGAUGAAUUGAAAGAGAGAGGGAAAGGUACCAGCCACUCUCCUCUAACCUAUCUCACCAACUCACGUCUAGAAGCACCAAUAUCAGUAAUCGCUUUUUCUUUUCAGUCAAAAGCCUAUAAAAAUAAUCUCUGAGGGCCGGCCACCCUUAUUGUUCAACCAUCAUCCAUGGGAAGGUCUCCCUGUUGUGAGAAAGCACACACAAACAAAGGUGCAUGGACCAAAGAAGAAGACGAUCGCCUCAUAGCUUACAUCAGAGCUCACGGUGAAGGCUGCUGGCGCUCUCUCCCCAAAGCCGCCGGCCUUCUCCGCUGCGGCAAGAGCUGCCGUCUCCGCUGGAUCAACUACCUCCGCCCUGACCUCAAACGCGGCAAUUUCACGGAAGAAGAAGACGACCUCAUCAUCAAACUCCACAGCCUCCUAGGGAACAAGUGGUCUCUCAUAGCCGGAAGAUUGCCGGGGAGAACGGACAAUGAGAUAAAGAAUUACUGGAACACUCACAUAAGAAGGAAGCUUUUGAGCAGAGGAAUUGACCCUGCAACUCACAGGCCUCUCAACGACUCUCCUCGUCACAAUCAAGUCCAAGAAUCAGCCGGCGCAGCCACCAUAACUUUUGCUCCUAAACAAGAGGAAAACGACAACAACGUGUUGCUGGAGGUUAAGGAUUCCAAAAGUCCCACAUCGGAACGCUGCCCUGACUUGAACCUCGAGCUAAGCAUCAGUCCUCCACAUCACGAGCGGGAGGAGGGUGGCGAUGAAGAGGAAUCCAAGAGUAUUGGGAGAAGUCUUUGCUUUGCCUGCAGUUUGGGUUUGCAAAACAGCAAAGACUGUAGCUGUGCCCUCAAUGCCAUCACUGCUAAUGCCAACGCUUCUACUGCCACUGGCUACGAUUUCUUGGGCUUGAAAACCAACCCUUUGGAUUACAGAACCUUGCAAAUGAAAUGAAAUUACAUUCAGAUUGCAACCUACAACAGAAAAAUUCAUUUCCGAAUCUCUCGCUCUUUCUCUCUUCUCUUCUCUAAUUAAUUAAUUAGUUUUGGGUUCAUAGAUGCAAAUGAUACAGUUCCACCCAGUACAGUUCAACACCAUGCUCUGUUCCUA